CAUUUCCAAGAACAUGAUUAUGCUGUGACGAAUUGCACGUACCAUGUCUGUGACGGUCGUAUAUAUUCUCUGUGUGUUUCCUUCCUUCUGCAGUUACUGCACGUCGUUAAUGGGACGUUGUUCGCGUGAAUUGCAGAUUUUUCAGAUAGCAACAACUUGCAACAAGACAUUGUUUAGCAUAAAACUGUGGUGACAACUGGAACAAGAUGGACCAAGAUACACAAUCGACUGAUUCAGAAGAUGAUGGCUACAGAUGCAUGGAGCUUCCCACCCUUGUCAAACAACUGCAGGUCAUUUUGGACCAAUACCCUGAUGAUGGACAGAUACUCAAGGAGCUGAUACAGAAUGCUGAGGAUGCAGGAGCCGAAGUUGUUGACAUCUUGUAUGAUGGAAGGACUAUUCAACCUGAUAUAGAUGCCAAGGAACUGAAACAGAACGCGUUUCUGAAAUCCUUGCAGGCUCCUGCGUUGUGUGUCUACAAUGAUGCUUUAUUCACAAAGAAGGAUUGGACUGGUGUCAGUAUGUUGUAUACUAGCCUCAAGGAUGAACCUCAGAAAAUCGGACAAUUUGGACUUGGUUUCAAAUCAGUAUUCCAUAUUACAGAUUACCCAUGCAUCAUCAGCGGUGAUCAAAUCCUCUUCAUCAAUCCAGAACAAGUGGCACAUAAAGUGUGUUUCUCCAAAAGUUCUGGAAUCUGUCUGAUAGAGUGAAGAGUAUUUUAACUCUGGUCCUGUGUGGUACAUUUGGGUUCUCAGACAAGUCUUUGACAGAUGGUUAUAAUGGCACUCUUUUUUGGUUUCCCCUGAGAAUUCAAGCAUCAAACCUUUCUGGAAAUUUGUACACAAAAGAGAAAGUCAUGGACCUAUUUCAAGCUUUCAAAUCGGAGGCC